AUUUUGCACCGGGGUUUUUCGUUGCCAACAUUAAAAAACAAAAUCUGUCAUAUAUCGAUGAUGGUGCUUAUUUCUAAAAGUUUUGCAAACAGUGAAGGUUCAGGUGAAUUGUAAAUCUUGAUUUCGGAUAUCAAAGUACACGAGCUCAGUUCAACAUGCCGAUCGAAAAUCUGGAGGAGCAGGGACUGGAGAAGAACCCCAAUCUGGAGCUCGCCCAAAUUAAGUUUUUGCUGAGUUUGCCGGAACAUAGCCAGGACAAGACAUUGCUGGAAAAGUUAAUGACUGCCAUCAAGGCAGAUAAUAUGGCUCCGUGGUAUGAGGAGGUUUGCAAAGAUUUGAACUGGACAGUAGAUCAGAACUUGUUGGCGGAAAUGAAAGAGGUCAACCAGAAAAAGUUGCAAGAACUGGACGACGUAAUUGAAGACGCGGAAAAGAAUUUGGGUGAAAUGGAAGUCAGAGAGGCCAAUUUGAAAAAGUCGGAGUUCCUGUGCAGGAUUGGUGAUAAGGAAGGAGCGAUUUCCGCUUUUCGGAAGACUUAUGAUAAAACUGUUUCCCUCGGGCAUCGACUGGACAUUGUGUUCCAUAACAUCCGUAUUGGACUGUUUUAUCUGGAUCAUGAUUUAAUUACCAGAAAUAUCGAAAAAGCGAAAACGCUCAUCGAGGAGGGUGGCGACUGGGAUCGUCGUAACAGACUUAAGGUCUAUCAGGGUGCGUAUUGCGUGGCGAUUCGUGAUUUCAAGGCCGCUGCAAAUUUCUUCCUCGAUACAGUGAGCACUUUUACUAGUUACGAAUUGAUGGAUUACGUCUCGUUUGUUCGCUACACCGUUUAUGUGAGCAUGAUAAGCCUCCCCCGAAAUGAACUUCGUGACAAAGUAGUAAAAGGAUCGGAAAUUCAGGAAGUCUUGCAUCAACUACCAGAUGUAAAGGACUAUCUUUUCUCAUUGUACAAUUGUCAUUAUUCUGACUUUUUCAAAAAUCUGGCGCUUGUUGAAACUUUCCUUCGUAAGGACGUAUUGUUCCAUCCCCACUAUCGAUUCUAUGUGCGGGAGAUGCGAAUCCUAGCCUACACACAGCUGCUUGAAUCGUACCGCUCACUUACGCUGCAAUAUAUGGCUGACGCCUUUGGUGUCAAGGUGGAUUACAUCGAUGCCGAGCUGUCGAGAUUUAUUGCCGCUGGCCGACUGCACUGCAAGGUGGAUCGUGUAGGAGGAAUUGUGGAAACUAACCGCCCGGAUAGCAAGAACUGGCAGUAUCAGGCCACUAUCAAGCAGGGCGAUAUUCUACUGAAUCGUGUGCAGAAACUUAGCAGAGUCAUCAAUAUUUAGAAUAGUUCUCAAUGCAUAACUGCGAAUGACCCAUGUGUGUGGAUCAUACUCACUGAUUGAAAUAAAUUUUCUUGUACUUUAAAA